AUGACCAAGCCGGAGAACAAGUCCAUAUUUGGCGCGAGCGCGCAGCAGGGACAGCAGCAACAGCAGCAACAGCAAAAUCAGCCGCAAUCAGGAUCCAUCUUCAACCCGACGACCGUGACAGUGGGAUCGAUGAACCAUACCCUGACGCACGCUCAGUACCAGCGUCUUCAAUUCUCAGGCGCUUCGACAGUACCAAAUGAGAAGCGAAUCGCAGAUCAAGUUGUAACGUUGCAAGCGAAGUGGAACCCGGACAACCCGCCAGACCAACCAGUGACCACAAUCCUCAAGACAUAUCUCUACAACGCCGUGCCCAAAGAGUACGCGCCAUUCUUCUACCCGGACACAUCACGCGGCGAAGAUGAGCAGAGCUGGGAGGAGGCCUUGUCACAAAAGCCAGAACCUCCAAAGGUUGAUGGUCAGGAAGCUUCGAACCUUGCAUAUGUUCCAGUCCUCGUCAAGGGCUUCAAGGCUCUCGCGGGUCGUGUUGAAACGCAGGCGAACAUCAUUAGAGAGAUGCGCGGUCGGCUGCACGAGAUGAACAACUCCUUGACCGCCGUCAUGGACGCGCAUCAACAACGCAUCACCGUGCGCAUCGCAACGGCCAAGCGGCAACAUCAGGCGCUCUCUCAACGGUGUCUACGACUGGCAGUGAAGGUUCAGGUGUUGCGCAAUCGUGGCUACGCUCUGGAUGCAUCAGAGGAGAGUCUCCGCAAGACGUUGAUGGGGCUCGAGAAGCAAGUUUUCGAUCCGGCGUUUGUGGGCAGAGAGGAUGAAAUAUGGGCUCGGAUGGUGGCAUUACGAGAGCGGACACGAUGGUUGGAGGAAGAAGGCAAGCGAGUUGCGGCACGGGCAGAUGAUGCGCAGAGGGCAAGCGGAGCCGCCGGAGUGCCGGAGGAUGUCUUGGUCCGGACGAGGAAGAUCCUCAAGGACUACGAUGAGCAGUUGCAGCAUUUGAACAAGGAGCUGGAGGAUGUGAAGAGGGAGUUCGCCACAUGGGAAGCGUCGCAGAGGAGAUGA